CCAGCGGCUUUUCAUUGGCACUGGCAGGCCUGCGCCGGGUGCUUCACCUGCUGUGCCCCGCACCCUCUUCAGUGGCUCCAGAGCUUCGGUACGGGCUUUGCUGUUGGCGGCUGCCCGCAUGCAGGCGCUGGCCUCUCGUUGGCUGCUCGCUCCUCUCGAUAGCCUGUUUUGGCGGCAAAAGGCUGGCUUGUACGCGUACCAAGCUGCCAACAAAGUGACACCACAUACAAGACAUGAUUGCAUUAGCAGGUACCGACAAGGCGAUCACAGAUCCGUCAUUCACUCGCCCAACAGAAGACCCAGCAUUGCAAUAAAUUCGCACAUGGGUGGCCAGAAAAGGGGCCUGUCAGAAAACAGCGGUAUGCGUUUCAACCAGGCGCAGCGGCAGCGACAGGUGGAUUCCGCCGGCUUGUCCAAUGGAGCAGGUACAUGUGCAGCAUUCCGGGGUAGCACCAGCUUUGGCAGCUGCAUUCACUGACUCUUCGUUGACGUAUUGGC